AAGCGCCAAGAUGGCGGCCGUGGGAUCCUGCGGCUCCGGCUCCGGGACUACUGGGUGUGUGGCGGCGGCAGCAGCCAGCAAAAACGUCACCAGUUUCCAGAGGAAGGGUCCUAGAGCCAGCGGUACCGACAGCGGCGGCUCUCGACUGGUGUCUAUUGCAGGCACACGACCGUCGGUGCGGAACGGACAGCUGCUGGUAUCAACCGGGCUCCCAGCCCUGGACCAGCUCUUAGGCGGAGGUUUGGCUGUUGGAACAGUUCUUCUGAUCGAAGAGGAUAAAUAUAAUGUUUAUUCUCCUUUGCUCUUCAAGUAUUUUCUGGCGGAAGGAAUCAUCAAUGGGCAUACUUUGUUGGUCGCAUCUGCAAAAGAAAACCCUGCUGACAUUUUACAGGAACUUCCUGCACCGUUACUUGAUGAUAGCUGUAAAAAAGAAUUCGAUGAAGAUGCGGGUGAUCAGAAAGCACCGGACUCUAACAUUAAGAUGAAAAUAGCUUGGCGUUAUCAGCUAUUACCCAAGAUGGAGGCUGGACCAGUAUCAUCGUCAAGAUUUGGUCACUAUUAUGAUGCAUCAAAAAAAAUACCACAAGAACUACUUAAGGCUUCAAAAUGGCAUGGAUUUUUUCUUCCAGAAAAAGUGCCUGCAACUGUUAAUAUAGAGCCCUGUUCUCUGACCCAUGGCUACAUCGAGCUGCUUCAGUUUAUCCAGAAAGUCAUUUAUGAGGAAGGAUUUGAUGGAUCCAAUCCCCAGAAAAAACAGAAGAACAUUUUGAGAAUAGGAAUCCAGAGUCUCGGCUCGCCUCUGUGGGGAGAUGACGUUUGCUGCGCAGAGCACUGUGCCAGCAGUCACAGCCUCACAAAAUUCCUCUACGUUCUCCGAGGUCUCCUGCGAACCUCGCUUUCAGCCUGCAUCAUCACCAUGCCAACACACCUCAUCCAGAAUAAAGCAAUUAUUGCUCGUAUUACAAACUUGUCAGAUACAGUAGUUCAUCUGGAGUCAUUUAUUGGUUCUGACAGAGAAACCAACCCAUUAUAUAAGGAUUAUCAUGGUUUGAUUCACAUACGGCAGAUUCCUCGGCUUAAUAACUUGAUUUGUGACGUGUCAGAAGUCAAAGACUUGGCUUUUAAAUUAAAAAGGAAGUCAUUCACCAUUGAGCGGCUGCAUUUGCCUCCAGACUUGUCAGACACAGUGAGCCGCUCAAGCAAACAGGAUCUGGCAGAACCCGCCAAGCUGCCGGGCCCAGGCUGUGGCAUGACGGCCGGAGGCAAGAAGCACCUGGACUUCUAGCGAUUCCUCCUUAGCCGUUGCACGCAGAAUUCUAUGACACUCUAAUUAUGAUUGCUAAUGGCUUAUGUAAAUAUUUUUCUUAACGAUUUGACCCUCCAGUUCUUGAAAAACACAGGAUUGCAAAAUGAGGCCACCAUUCCUAAUUUUUCUAAACCACAUUUUUGUACAGAAACAGUUACAGCACAAAUACUUUCAUUUUAACAUUUGUUUUAUGCUAUAUCUAAGGAGAAUGAGAUAAUUUUAUUUUUAAAUAAAAGCAAUUAAAUGUCAAAAAUUCAAGGUGCCUUCCAGUGGUCAUCCAUGCACAUAUAUGAAGCACUUAGCUCAUAGGAAAGUGCAUGCCACAGGGGUAGUGUAUAAAGCACUAGGAAAUUCAAAAUUGCGUAUGAAAAACAUAUUUUCUCUUUAUUUCUGAAAAAGUCACUUGCCACCAAAAUUGCUAAGGUUUUUAAAACAUGGAAAAAUUUGUUUGCUGAUAUAUGAAGACUAAUAAAAUAAAUGUGCAUUUAUGCAUCCUAUUAUUAAAUUGCUGAAGACAAAAUAAUAUAUUGGGAUUAAGACUCCAUUAAAGAUCAUUAGUUUGCUAUAAUAGUUAAAAAAUAUAAAGAACUUGAGUGAUAGAAAGCAUAGAAAAAGAAGUUGAUGGUCUUCUGUUCAGUAAUCCUAAACAAUUGAAGUCAGCACUAUGAAAUUAUGUCAACACACAUAAUUCAGGGUUGAAAUUCAAACUGACAGCUAUAUUAAUGCUAGAAUACUGGGAAAAACAUGUAUUGAAGCUUGGUGAGAGAUUACAGAACAUAGGUUUGAGACAAAGUAGAAAACUGAAGCUAACUCAGCUUUGCGUUGUAUCAGGUAAACCCUUUGUUAAUUAUAAACAGUGGUCAGGCGUUCACAUUUAUAACAAUGUAAUCAUGUCUUUUGGAGUUUAUAGCAUACUGAACCAGUUUUCCUAUAAAACACUGGUUUUUUCAUUAUAGUUUCAUAUUCUCAAAGCUUCUGCCGAAUACUAAACAAAAUAUUUUUUAAGUAAUUUGUACAUUUAAGUAAAAAGUUUCAAUUUUAAAAAAUCUGUUUAACAUCUGUUAGGAGAACCUGAAUUUCCAAAAUACAUUUGCAAAUGUGUUAGAAUAUUUUGAAGCAGUUAUAACUAGCAUUUUAAGCAGUUUGCUUUUAAUAUACCACAAAUUAUCCUUUAUUUGUUCUUGACAACAUUGUAGAAAACAAAGACUAGGUUUUUAAACUGUCUAACGAAUAUGAUGAAUGUCAGUCACUUUAAAAAAAAACCCACUGUAGCAUAAACACAUACUGUAUACAGCUUUUAUUCAGAAUUGGAAUAAUUGAAUCAAUGACAGUGAUUCACCAGGAUGUCAAAUCUCUCCAUCAUAUCCUGUCACUACCAGUUUACUUUUUGUGAUCAAAAUCAAAAAGACAACUAUUUUGUCACCCACUAUUUCAUUAGUGCUAAAAACCAGGUUUCUUCUAUUUUUUUAGAAUGUCUGGUUUAUUUUUUUCACUUCUUUUAAUUCGAGAGACACAAAUUCUUCCCCAUUUUCAUUUCAAAAUAAAGUUUCAGAAUUGAUCUGUCAGUUAAAAUUAAAGGGCUUUCAUAUUAAGCAGAGGUGCUUUUAAAAUGUAAAGCAACUUCAAAAAAAUCAAUUUAGCCCAUAGAUAAUAAAUAAUGUGCAGAUACUCCACAAAAGCUUUGCUGUAUCUUUUAAAAGCAUUAUGAACAAUCUGAAUAAAUUCAAAUGAGUAUUUUA